AUGCUCCUUUUCCUGCUCCUCUUCCUGCUCAGGCUCCGUCGACAUCUGUCCUUCAUGUUCAGCUCGGACAGACUCUCUGUUCCGGAUUAUGUCACCCGGCUGCAGCGGGGCAGGAGCGGCUCCGAGCCCAAGCCCGUGUCCCCGGGCGUGCACGCGGAUGUCCAGGCCGCCCUGGACGCGUCGCUCCCCGCCCUGCGCUCCGCCAUCAGGAGGCUGAGGUCGGCCAAGGAGCAGUCCGACUCGGACGAGACCCGCGGGGCCGUGGCGGAGAUCUAUCAGCUGGUGGAGGAGGCCUGGGUUUUACCCGCCGUGGGACGCCGGGUGGCCGAGGAGAUCUGCACCAGGAUCCGGCUGGACGGGGGCCUGGAGCUGCUGCUUCAGCUGCAGCAGAGUCCUGAUAUGGAGAUCAUGUAUGAAGCUGCAAAACUGCUGGAGCAGAUCCUGAUCUCUGAGAACAGGGACUACGUUGCCCGUAUGGGUCUAGGGGUAAUCCUAAACCUGACCCGACAGCAGGAUGAUGCUCAGCUGGCUCGCAGCGUCUCCGGCAUCUUGGAGCACAUGUUCAAACACACAGAGGAGACGGCCGUUCACCUGAUCUCUAAUGGUGCCCUGGACACCCUCCUGUUCUGGUGCCGGGGAACGGACCCCACCGUGCUCCGGCACUGUGCCGUGGCGCUGGCUAACUGCGCCAUGUAUGGAGGCCACCGCUGCCAGAGAUGGAUGAUCGAGAAGCAGGCAGCCGAGUGGCUCUUCCCUCUUGCCUUUUCCAAAGAGGACGAGCUCAUACGCUUCCAUGCCUGCCUGGCGGUGACAGUGUUGGCUGCCAAUCGAGAAAUUGAGAAAGAGGUGGUGAAGUCUGGAACCUUGGAGCUGGUGGAACCGUUCAUCGCGUCUUUGGAUCCAGAUGACUUCGCUCGCUGCUUGUUGGACAGUGCAGACUGCAUGCAGGGAAGAACAGCAUCUGACCUGCAGCACCUCUUACCAUUAUUAGAUGGUACACGAGUGGAAGGGAAGUGCAUUGCAGCUUUUUAUCUUUGCGUUGAGGCCAGCAUCAAAUCCCGUCAGCGCAACACUAAGAUUUUUCAAGAGAUUGGUGCCAUCCAGAGCCUGAAGAGAAUUGUUAUGUAUUCCACUAACAACACAGUCUCCGGCCUGGCCAAGCGGGCCCUACGUAUGAUGGGAGAAGAAGUGCCGAAACGAAUCCUGUCAUGUGUGCCCAACUGGAAGACCUGCGAGGUGCAGACGUGGCUGCAGCAGGUUGGCUUCAAUGCUUUCUGUGAUCGUUUCCAGGAGCUUCAGGUGGAUGGAGAUCUCCUUUUGAACAUCACUGAUCAGGAUCUGAGCUCUGAGUUAGGAAUGACUGGUCUCACUUGCAAGAGGUUUCUAAGAGAUUUACGCGUGUUGAAGACCUACGCUGACUACUCCACAUGUGACCCUCACAACAUGGCUGACUGGUUAGCCGAGGUGGACCCUCGCUUUCGCCAGUACACCUACAGCUUGCUCCAGGCCGGAGUGGAUCGUAACAUUAUUCAGAGUCUGACCGAGCAGCAGCUCCAGCAUGACUGCCACAUAGACAAUGGAGUCCACCGAGCAAAGAUACUAUCUGCCAUCCGCAAGCCGAUAAAACCGAGCCAAACAGAUGCUAAGCCACUGGGGCCUGACGUGUUCAUCAGCUACCGUCGGACUACUGGGUCACAGCUGGCCAGCCUUCUGAAGGUGCACCUCCAGGUCAGAGGUUACAACGUCUUCAUAGACGUGGAGAAGCUGGAGGCUGGCAAGUUUGAGGAAAAACUGAUUCAGAGUGUCCAGAGAGCCCGCGGCUUCAUCCUGGUCCUGUCUGCCAAUGCCCUCGACAAGUGCAUGGGAGACACCGCUAUGAAGGACUGGGUGCAUAAGGAAAUAGUCACGGCCCUGGCUGGUAAGAAAACCAUAGUCCCUGUCAUAGAUAACUUUGUGUGGCCCGACACCAGUUUGCUACCAGAGGACAUGAGAUCUGUUCUGAACUUCAAUGGCGUCAAAUGGUCCCACGAAUACCAGGAAGCCACAAUUGAGAAGCUCAUCCGCUUUCUGGAAAGAAAAGAAGACGCGAUCGACGGCCCAGCCAAAUCUAAAGACCAGAAGAAGAAAUAAACUUUGAGAAGUCUGAACACAGCUUUAAUAAGUGUACUGCUGUCAGCUGUCCGGAGCUCCUCCUGCUUGGCCCAACAGCAUGUGAUGCUAACGAUGAUGUUUAGAUAACCUCCUCACAUAAACGCCACAUUAUUAAAAUCCAUUUAAAGCUGUAGAAAUACAUACAGGAGUUUCAGAUCGUGUAUAAUUAACCAUAAUGUGACAGUUUAGACCUUGUGAGGUGGGGUUCUGUGGGAAGGUUAUGAACAAAUAACAUCUCACCUGUUGUAGACAGCCCUUUGAACAAGCUCACUUUGAAAAGACCAAUUUUAUUCUGACCGGAUUGACAAGCUAAUGGCUAAUCGUACUGCCGUCGCCUUAAAAACACUCAUUUCACAGCAGUUCAUGCUGACGCCACUUUACAAACCACUACACAGAUGUUGGUUUCACAUUAAAUAGUUGUUUAUGAUGAUUUAAAGGUUGACAAAAUAGCGUUUCUGUGAGCUGCCAUGAAAUAUUUGAGAUUGGACUUGUUUUAAGACUGCAUCAGUCCACUUUGGUCCUGGUCCCACUUGGGACUAGUCGUUGGCUCAUCAGUCCGAUCACAAGUUCACUUUUACUUUCAAGGUGAGGUCGUUCAAAGAGCAAUCGACAACAGGUAAGAUAAUGACUGUUUAUAAGCCCUCCACAGAAGUCCACUUGAAGAGAUUUGGACUGCAGCUUUAACACGAGUUCUAACCACGCUCAGUAUCUCAGGAAAACAAGUAACCAGCCGUCGUCAAUAAUAAUAAUCAUCUGUGGAGGCCCC